CUGUGCUCAAAAUCGUUCCACUACGUCAAGUCGCCCCGUCCGCCCGCUGAAGAUGUCUGCGACGGGUACAGGCGGCUGUGGACCCGGACCCACCUCGGGUACCGGGUCCGGAGCUUCCAACCCUAGGAAGUUUAGCGAGAAGAUAGCACUGCAUACCCAGCGGCAGGCCGAGGAGACAGCCGCCUUCCAGGAGGUCAUGAUGGACAUAAGUUCGACCAGGGUGGCAGAGAGACUAAUCGUGUCUGGUUGUGAUUCAGCGAUGCAGCUUCCUCAGCAACAGCUUCAGGCCCAGAAGCUCCGUCUUGUCCAGAGUCAGGGGCCGUACUACGGAGGAUCGUUACCCAACGUCAACCAGAUUGGCAGGAACCCUCAGGACUUCCAGGGCUCCUUUCCCUCUACUUUCGAGUCCAACCGGUCAACUCGACAUCAUGGCCUGGUGGAGCGAGUCCAGAGGGACCGGCGCUUCAUCUCACCAGUCCGGCCGUACCGCAACCGACAAGUGGACAGCUCGCCGUACAGCUCAGCCUUCUUGUCCCCACAGCCAGACCCCAGCUGGAGAAGGAAUUGGUCUGGAAACUUCCCUGGGGAUAAAAGCCAGUUUCGUCUCCCCACCACUGCACUCAACAGGACCAACUCUGACUCAGCCCUCCACACCAGUGUGAUGAACCCUCCCACAGGAGACCCCUUCACCGUGGGACCCACCCAGAGCCCCAGACGCAGCGGUCAAGGCGAUAGUGAAGGCAGACGAAUGUUUCCGUACCCAGUUCCUCCCAUCGAAGAAAACAUGCUGGAUGAGGGCAAACUGCUCACACCGUGGGACACUAAGAAGUUGCCUCUGUUUGCGCCACGACCUAGAUCCUGUGAAGUCCCUGGCAUCAACGUCUUCACAUCACCGGAGCAGCCGUCCAUGGCGGCUCAUGGAGUCCCAUCUGCUCUCAACACCGGUGGUUCGCUGCCUGACCUGUCCAGCCUCCAUUUCCCCUCGCCGCUACCUACGCCGUUAGACCAGGAUGAGCCUGGCUACCCAGGAUCCUCCUCUUUAAGUGGGGGGAACAGCACAGGGAACUUAGCGUCGACCCUUACCCAGCUGGGCAUCCAUACUGCCAAUGCACCAGGAGGCAACAGUGGUUUCCAGCAUCAUGCAUCAGGUCUCCUGGCGUCUCUACAGAGCACGCUCAGUAACCCCUCCCUGCAGUCAUCCCUAAGCAACCCCAACAUCCAGUCAUCGCUAAGCAGCCACUCCUAUUCCAACUCCCUGAGCUCUGCCUCUCUUCACUCGUCACUCAGCAACCCCUCGCUGCAGUCGUCCCUCGGCUCAUCCCCCUCCCUGCCGUCCUCUCUCAGCAGCCAUUCGCUGCACUCCUCCCUCAGCAGCUCCUCCCUCCAGUCGGCGUCCAGCGGUAAUCCCAGCUACGGCAGCGGCUCCUCCUCAUACCCUCCACUGCUGGGUCAGCAGCCCCUCAGCACAUCGCCACGGAGACGAGCCCCGCUGUCCCCACUCAUCCUGCCUAUGGUCGGGGAGUCGCGGAGACACCACUCCAAACAGUUCUCCCCCACCAUCUCUCCCACCCUGUCUUCCAUCACGCAGGGCGUCCCUCUGGACACCAGCAAGCUGCCUCAGGACCAGAGGCUGCCCCCGUACCCCCUCAGUCAGUCCCACCAGCACCAUCCAGGCCCCCUGCCGAGCCAGCAGUCGUCUCUGCUGGGCCACCAACAGCUGCACCGUCUUCAGCAGCCACGACCCAAGGCCCAACAGCAACAGUCACAGCCCAUGCAACAGCUUCACCUGCAGAACCUGCACAACCAGCACAUACAGCAGCACUUUGGAACUCAACAAAGGCCGAUGGGGCCACAAAUGAACACAACAAAUGCAGCGCUGAUCAAGAACGAGAAUGUGUUGGACCAUCAGACGCAGAGUUCCUCUCAGUGUCAGGUCAAACAGGAGGCAGAGCAGCAGAUUGGCGGGCUCCCUCAGCUGCAACACAUGAGCCAGAACCUGGCCGCAGACCUCUACAACGAUGCCUUGUUCAACUCUCUUCUCGACUCUGUUUCUGACCCGUACCUGAGUCUGCAACUCACUGGAAAAUCCAGCCAGCAGUUCCCAGCACAGAACCAGGGAGGAGGUGGUCUGAGCUGUGGCAGCACUGACAAGAAGCAUUUCCCAUCCAACACCCAGGUGCCCCUGGACCUGCAGGAACCCGGAGACCACCACCUCCUCAACAACCAGAACCAGAACUUCACUGGGGGGGAUGGACGACACAAUGUGCCCAAUAUCAUCCUCACCGGGGACUCUCCACCCGGUCUGUCCAAGGAGAUCGCCAACGCUCUGUCCCAUGUCCCUGGCUUUGAAAUGGACCCCUUCUCCCUCGAUGACCCUCUCAGGAUGGACCCUCUUGCUCUGGACAUGCUGGAGGGCGACCUGAUGCUCGCAGACCCGGCUGUGGAGGACUCUUUCCGAUCCGAUCGUCUGAAGUGACCCCUUUGCUCCAGGAGACGGGUGGAAACCUGAUGGGCAGACUGCCACCUACAGUAGACCCAGAGCUCCCACCACUUACUGGAAGGUCUACAGACGAGGUUUGGACAUAACUGAAACGUUUCUUCGUCAUUCAGCGAUGAAGCGCUGGAGAGGACCUGACAUUUUUGUGAGGUCAGAACAAACUGAAGGAGGAGAAACUUCUCCGUCAGAGGCACUUACCUGAACAUGCUCUUGCAAAGCUUGAAGUCGAGUUGAAACAAGAUGCUUUUUUUAGGUAUCAACUUGUACAAGUCUUACCUGCAUGUUCACCAGAAAAUAAAUGUUCCUGCGCUGUUUGCUUGAUGUAAAAACCAGGGGCAAAUGGUGCAUCCUGACGCAGUCAGCAGCCAUGUCACGAAGAGGAGCUGCAUCCUUGACCUGCAAUCUUACUAGACACUUUGACAGGAGCUUAGCCAUCACUGACAUCUUCCUGCUCAGACAGCGACAUGUCAGUUAACCAGUCUGAAACGGGCUGAACUAGUCUGCUUGUGAUCGAACCCACCUCAGGAGUGAGUGCAGUGCUUCAAACCCCAGCUGAAAGCAGCUUAAAGCCAUAAAUGAGCCUGUGAUCACACAGUGCAUCUAGUUCACACCUUUAGUCUGAAGUAGAAUGUUACUGUUGAAGGUUCUCAUGCAUGUGCACACGUAUACAUUGUCUGUCAGCGAGUCAAAAAUCUUUUGAGAAAACCGUUUGUUUCUGGCUGUAAACUGACCCAGAUGAGGAGACGGAGGCAGACGUCCUGCAGGUUCUCCAGCCUUGUUGAAAUUAAAAGCUGCUCUUCACCUUGUAAUGACACAGUAAUGACGUCCUCCACCCAAAGCGCUGGUUGCUGGUACAGCUGCCAGUCAUCCCUGUGUGGGCUUUGUGUGCCCGCUGCUUUUGGUGUCUGUUACAUUGUUCCCGUCAUUCCCAACAACACAAAUGUUAGUCAAUGCAUGUUCUGUGGAUGCACUUGCUUGUAAUGAGGUUUAUUUGCAGCAUUUUAGUAGAGCUGUGCAUAUUGCUUCAUUGCCUUUUUGGUCAAGGGGUAAAGUGCAGUUUCACCAAUUCAGUGCAUUUCAAGUGCAGGAACUACGAUUGGCUGAACUGCUGGUGCAGGUUUUCCUUUGUGUGUGUUUCCACUGGAACUAACCAGAGGUUCUCCGAAAGCUGCAAAGCUCUCAAAGUUGUGAGCUGUGCUUCUGUCUUCAGUCUCUGCGGAGGGGAAAAUAUCGGCUUCACCAAUUAAGAAACAAAACAAAACAAAAGAUCCAAGUCUGAGUUUUGCAUUAAUUCAGACCUGCAGACCUGCCAGUUCCCAUCAUCUCAACAGUUGGAACCUAAAUGCAGCUUUUGGUGGCUUUGCACUUUUACCCCUAGUCACUGUGACUGACAGCUCUCUGUCCCGCCCUUCCUCACCUGCACUUGCUGCCCGUGUGUGUCGCCCCGGCAACAGAUGCAAAGCUUAUGUGACAAAGAUGAAUAUUCUUACUAUAAAGUUUUAUUUUUUAACUCAAAGUAAUCUAAGUCUGUAUGUAAAUAAUGUCUCAGAUAAUAUCUUUUAAAAAACUGUACAUUUAAAAUGAAAGAAGAGGAAAGCGGCUUGUUUAAGAUGUCAGAAUUUGGACAGCAUCACCUGGAAACAAGGACGUAGCAUUUAUUCAAAGCUGCAUUGAUGUCUCUGCUGAAGAUUUUCUUUAUUGUCUUAUAGGUGUAAGGUCAAGAUCAAAAACAAUUAUUUAAACCGUUUAUAAGGAAAAAUUAGCCAAAUCAGCACAAAUGAAUUCAGUCACGAACAGCCUCCUCACUUCAUUUCUACAUAGGACACAUAAUCAAUUGAGGUUUGUUUUUUUUGUUUUUUUUAAUGGAACAAGAGAUUAUUAUGUCACGGACCACUGACCGAGCCAUAAAAUGACAAUUCUGGGAAGAUUUUGGAAGUUUUGAAAACAGGUUUCAAGCCUGAAAAGUUUGGAAAUGAAGCAGUGUUUAGCAGAAAGUGAGCGGGUCCUGAGCCGUGAUGAAUGGAGUGUUUACUGCAUGGAUCUGGCUUUAUUCCAUGUCCCUGAAGGUUGGAAGCGUCGGAUCAGUGAGCGUAAUACAGACACAUCGUCUUGUGGGUUCUUUUGAUUUAAAACCUUACGGACCCCGGUAGAGCCCCACAGGGCUCUAACGCAUGGGGAAAUAGGCAGUUUACUCUGAUAGUUCCCACUAUACAGAGUUCUGGUAAAGUUAUUUUCCUCCAUAUUUUUAGCACUGAACACGGUCACAUGUA